GACGAAUUUGAUUGAUUGCAAUUGCGACGGCCACGUUCCACUCAAGAGACUGAAAUCAUGGCUAGUGAAGAGUCUGGAAAGUCCAAGUCCGUGCUGGACUAUCUUAACGACUGGGGAUCCAACUCACUGCCCCCUUCUCUCCUCGCAACUCUAGUCACCGCCCUCCACGCCCGUCCCCCAUCCCUCCCCCUCUUCAUCUUCACCCCUCCCCUCCUCUUCUCCUCCUACCUCAACCUCUCCGGCUACCCGACUGGAAGUGCUGGACUCACUGCUGCCUGGUCGGGCCUCUACGCGCUUCUGGCGCUGCGUCGUCGUCAGCCCUUUCGCGGACGUUUCUCGAUCCGCGGCAUAGUGCGCGGCACAGCCGUUGGUCUUGGCACCGCGAACUGCAUCGCCGGGGGGUGGGUGUACUUUAAUGGCGACUUUGAGAAGGAUGCCGAGGAGAGGGUAAACCGGAACCGUUGGGGGAACAAGGAUUAGCGGCUCUUGGUAUGAUGUGUAUGAUAUGGAUGCUGUAUGAUAGCGGGCAUGAGGAAUGGGCAUUUGGAGUCAAGGAUAAAAGACCAGGGCGAAGUCAAAGACAGGCAGGUAUGGGUUGGGAGGAUAUUUUCAACCAAAUACAGAUGACUGGUUCCCGUCCAA